UAUUUACUGUGAGGCGCAGGAACCGUGCGUCCGCCUCACUGGGGAAGGACAGGAAGACACUUAACACAGAACUACAUUCACCUUUUUCUUUGUGCAUGGGUUUUUCUCUAAAGUAUCCUGUCUCGUUUCAAUCUAGAAUCAAGUUGCACAAAGUAUUGUGUGUGGAAAUAUUAGUGCUUUUCUCAAAUAAACUCUAUGACUGAGAUACUUUACAGUUACAGGUCCUCACCUCAUGCCAGUGUGGGGAAGUGAAAAACAACUAUCCAGGAGCCAAUGUGAAAACCUGUUCAAGUGAGAUCUGAAGAGCGAGUGGAAGAAUUCGUGCGAACGUUGGAAAUAGCGUCAGACGGAGCUUCAGACGGAGCCUGCAGCCAUUGUAGAGGAACACAGUUCAGCACUUGACAUGUCGCUCAGCAGCCAGACUUUCCCCGACUCCAGAAGCAGCAACAUCAUCUCCAGUUCGGCGUCUCAGUAUGCUACUGGAUCGCUAGGCGUGGGGCUGCUUGGGCUGGGCAUCGUGAUGAUCCUGUGGAGCUUGGCACCUGUAGGCAUAGGAGUAAACCACUCUCACGUUGUAGUGGAUGAUGUUAGAGACACGUCAUCAGUGGGCUUUGUGCUGCUGGGAAUAGGAGUGUCCAUGCUGCUGCUUUCACUGUUCCUCAGCAUACAGAACAAAUACCGAGCAAUGAGACAGGCAAACAGCAGUGCUAACCCAGAGCAAGGCCAGCAGGUGGAGAGGCAACCAGAAGAAGCCGAGCAGUACACGGUACCCAGUUAUGAGGAAGUGGUUGGGAAUGCUCAGUACCCCAUCAGCCAGUUCUCUCCACGGCAUAACAGCACCACCCAGCUACCAGCCUACGAUGAACUGAUGGAGGUAGAGGGCCAUGCUCUACCUGCGCACAAGAACGGAGAAGACAAUUUGAACUUGACGCACAUUCUCCCUAAUAGUACCGAUCGCUCUGACCGUAAACUGCUUUCACUAAUAACCGGGAGAAAUAGCUUGAGCAGCUUGCCACAGGGUAUCGUUUCCAGCAACGAACCCCUCACUCCUCCACCAGAUUAUGAAGUAAAUCCCCCAGAACUUUUACCAGCAGCACAAUGAACACGGAAGCUCUAACUCUUGUAACAGGAAGUGUGUGCUGGUCAUUAAAAAUGCACGAGAAAGAAGCACACUAUGACUUAAUUGUUAGGGGUGGUUCUGAGCUGGAGAUUACAGCAGAGAGACAUAUUUGAAACAGAAACAUGGGGUUAGUUUGGAAGUGUAAUUACCACACUCAGGUGACAUGGGCCAAUGUGCUCUGAAUCAGUCUUUUUAAUAUCUGUAUUAUAUAAAAGGCUUUUUUUCUCUAACCAGCUUUUUGGUCUUUGCCUCAAGAAACUUAUCAGUGUCAGUUUUCAGCUUGAUUUUGUAUUCCGUCUUUCAUAUCCAUCUAGAAAGAACAUUUCAACCGGACGUGUUAAAUUAAUAAUGAAACAGGGUAUUUCACUUCAAAAAUAAUGAAUCUAGCAUCAUGAAUUAUGUCAUAUUUUCGGUAAUGUUCAGACGAAUUUGCUGCCACAGAGCACCGUCUUGUUAAAGGUCAAUACCACACACAGAUGGAGCAUAACAUAAAAGCCAGACACUAACAUGAAAGAGUUAAAUAGUGAGUUUUCCAGUUUGUGUUAGCGUUGAUGUUCAUCUCUGCUCUGUGUUAGCACCCUUUAUUGAGUGUGAGACUAGCCCUUGUUACCAUAGUGACAAGCAGUGAAGUCAUGAAUGGGUAAAUGUAUUUGUGUGUCUCCUUAGGAGAAGAGACAGGGAAACUCUUUCACUCUGCAGCUGCAUGUAAUAUCAUACACACUCGCCUUUGCUUUUUGACAGUUACUAAUGUGUACACAAACACAUUUGUCUUAAAACCUUUGUAAGGUCCCUCCACUAACAUAAAUAUUAAUGCAGCUAAUUAAUAAUGUGCAUACACCUAAACUAAACAAGAAAUACUUUUUUUGUCUCUGGAUAAUUUAUGAAAUAAAUGUAUUUAUUUAUUUAAAAAAGCAAUAAAAAAGCAAUAUAUUCAUGCAGACCAACCAAAAGUCACCACAAUGUAAAACAUUUCAGAUAUCCCCAUAUACACAACAACACCCCCCCCCCCCACACACACACACAUACACAUGAGAGAGAGAACAUUUUUCUAUUCCUAGUCAUUAUUUAUCUUUAUCUUGCAUUCUUUUAUUCCCACCUUCCCCAACACACACACACACACACUGUAAGGGUAAUUAAGGCUUGCUCAAGCCCAUUUGCAGUCUGCAAUAUCAUUACCAUAUCAGAGGAAAAGUAGAAAUGACUUUAUACACAGAACAUUCCGGCAUAUAAACAAUGCAUUAUUGAAGCAAACAAGCAAACAUCUCAGUUUAACUCUUUUCUAAUAUAUUGUAUGUAUGAUUUAUUUUAAAGGAUUUUAAGAUCAUUUAAUUUUUUGCUCCUUUUAUUUUGUCUGCAUUCCAUAUUUUUGUAAUACUGUAUUUAAGAGGAUUCUGACUCAUAUUUCUGUAAUAAGUAUUUUGUUCGUGAUCACUCCCAUUAUUACAAGUGUAACAUGUUCCUAAGUGAUAUAUUACAGCCAGUUUCUGAGAAGUGACCAGCUUUUCCCUUUUGUUUACAAUUGAAUCUUUUCAGAAAAUAAAUGGAGUGUGGAGUGAG